AUGGAAGAGGUGCGGGACCGCAACAACAACAUUAUCAUUUGCACACCAGAGGAGAUCGAAGAGAGACGCUUGUGGUUCCAACGACACCCCCCAAUCUGGGAAAACAUGGAACACCCGUCGACGUUGAAAUUCGAAGGUGAAGACGGUUUGGACUCAGUGAGACUCAUGGAAUUUUAUUGGCCCUUGGUGCAAGCUUAUAAACGUACAGCCCGUCCUAUGUCAGUACGCCUGCCAAACGGACGGAUGCAUCAUUUUUAUGACCGUUUGUUUAAACUUUAA